AUGCCACCGCUCAUCGACGACUGGAGUCAUCCUUCAUCACCAUUACCCACACAACAACGCGCGAGCGCUGAGGACCUUCUGGACGCAGAACUCAUCGACCCAGUCAAAGCCUCGAAUAUCAAAGCUCCAGAGGAGUUGAUCAACCUCGCCCAUUGUCCCCGUUCUCCCAACCAGUUCACUGGCCACAUACGACUUCCAAAUCUGCUUUACAACAUCUCCAUGAGUCCUAUAGCUGCCACAAAAAGAGAGACGAGGACCUUUUGGAACCCUACAAUAUUUGCACUUCCAUACUGGGCCAAAAGUCAGUAUAUUAUCGUUAACAUGGUCGCUUCCCAUGGUGAGCCGUAUCGGAAAAAUGUGCUCUGCGAAGCCAACAUCUGCCACCCCGAAUCCCGGAAGUCCAAUAACCCACGUGAGAUGGCUUGCACAGAAGAAGAUCUCGAAGUCCUUGGUCCUAACGGUGGUCUGCGAUGCGUCACUUCACCGGUCGAGGUCGACGUGCCUCCAACUCCCGCCGAGAGUUGUGAUGGCAAUGAACAGCUCCUGGCUGAUAUCCCAGGCUUUCAUGAUCCUAGGCUGUUCUACUCCGUCCGAGGAGAGCCUAUCUUGAUGGUUGUAUCGCAGUCGAGAUAUGCCUGUAUUGGUCUCUGGGCGAUUGACCUGCGAGUUGUCUACCCAAGCCUCGAAGAAACGUUCUCUUCAUCCCCUCGACGUUUAGGACCUGGGCCACUGAUGUCGUAUCCCACACUGACAGAGCUCACGCGCAAUCCACCAUCAACUCGCCGUUCUUACGAAAAAAAUUGGGUGAUGUUCUCGCCGUCGCCAUCAACAUCUUAUCUGCAAUACGAACUGAAUUCCACCAGUCGGACUUUUGCCCAGCUUGUUGGAGCUGGACUCACUACAACGAAUGAGACGGACCCUCUGGAAGAGCCUUGCCUCAGCGAACCGACACCGGAGGAAGUGGGCGGUGGCCAUUUCAUGGCUGGUCCUUCCUGGCACCAAGCUACUCCAGCAUUAAAUCUAAUCCUGUGCAUAAGAUCGAACUCAACCUGUAUCAACCAAAUUGGAGAGAAGGUCUUCUUUGCAGCAAUUCACAGAAAGCAUAUCAACGGUUUUGGCCUGCCUGAACGCUAUGAGCGAUACUUCGUCGUGUGGUCUGCUACUCCACCUUUCAACAUGCUCGCUGUCAGUCAACACCCCAUCCUCUUGGCCAACGAGACGAAUCGGGGUUGGACGCCAGAGCAGAUUUGGGAUGGUGUACCGGAAUCAGAAUCGGGUAGUCGUGCUGAGUGGGGACAGUUUACCUACACCACGACAAUUGCGUAUGCUUGGGGAAGGGAAGAAAGUGACAUCAGAGAAAAAGUCAUGGGAUAUCUUGAUGAUGAAGUGAUAUUGAGCGUGGGAAUCGAUGAUCAGAACGGACUUUAUGCCAAGGUCAAAGUCUCGGAGCUGUUACAAUGUCUGAGAAUAUGCCCUGGUCGAAUGCCAGUUUGA